AUGCUGGCUCUCCUGGCUGGGCUGCUGUUCUCCCUCGCCUCCGGGGCCAGCUGGCGGGGAGUGAGGGGCCAGGAGAGCCCCCCGGGGAGCCGCUUCGUGUGCACCUCCCUGCCGCUGGACGCUGCCCCCUCGGGCUGCCCGCUGCCCCCGGUCCCCAUGCAGGGGGGCGCCCUCCCUUCCGAGGAGGAGCUGAAAGCCACCGUGCUGCAGCUGCGGGAGACCAUCCUGCAGCAGAAGGAGACCAUCGGCAACCAGCGGGAGACCAUCCGGGAGCUGACCAGCAAGCUGAGCCGCUGCGAGAGCUCCCCCGGCCCCGACGGCAAGCCCGGGACUGGAGGGUGGAGGAAAGAGUUGGGCAAAGGCAAAGACACCAUGGGGGACCUGCCCCGGGACCCCACCCAGGUCAUCGACCAGCUGAGCCGGACCAUGCAGACGCUGAAGGACCGGCUGGAGAACCUGGAGCACCAACUUCGAGCCAAUGUGUCAUAUGCAGCCCUGCCUAAUGAGCUUCGAGAGAUGCUUCAAAGGAGGCUUGGAGAUCUAGAGCGCCAGCUUUUAAGCAAAGUGGCUGAACUUGAGGAUGAGAAAUCCCUGCUUCAUAAUGAAACUUCAGCCCAUCGGCAAAAGACAGAAACAGCCCUGAGUGCAUUGCUAGAAAGAGUUUCUGAAUUAGAAAAAGGAAGCAGUGCAUUUAAAUCACCGGAUGAAUUCAAGGUCGGUCUCCCUCUUCGCACAAAUUAUUUAUAUGGGAAGAUCAAGAAGACUCUGCCAGAGUUGUAUGCCUUCACUGUGUGCUUGUGGCUGAGGUCGAGUGCUUCUCCUGGAAUUGGAACACCAUUCUCCUAUGCUGUCCCUGGGCAGGCUAAUGAAAUUGUUCUGAUAGAGUGGGGCAAUAAUCCAAUCGAAUUGCUAAUUAAUGACAAGGUUGCCCAGCUUCCUCUGUUUAUUAGUGAUGGAAAGUGGCAUCAUAUCUGCGUCACGUGGACAACUCGAGAUGGAAUGUGGGAGGCUUUUCAGGAUGGAGAGAAACUUGGCACUGGGGAAAACUUAGCCCCUUGGCACCCAAUUAAACCCGGAGGGGUCCUGAUUUUGGGUCAGGAGCAGGACACAGUUGGAGGAAGAUUUGAUGCAACUCAAGCCUUUGUUGGGGAGAUGAGCCAGUUCAAUAUAUGGGACAGGGUCUUAAAAGCAGAAGAUAUCAUGAAUAUUGCUAACUGCUCUACCAACAUGCCUGGAAACAUCAUACCCUGGGUUGAUAACAAUGUUGAUGUAUUUGGAGGUGCAACUAAAUGGCCCGUGGAGACAUGUGAAGAGCGUUUGCUAGAUUUAUAG